UUUGCUGCCGUGACAAGCCCCUCUCAUCUGAAUUACAAAACAGUCCCAAAACCCCCACCAUGUCGUCGAACGAAGCAUCCCAGAAACCCCCCUCGCAAUGCGUCGGACCUGAAUACCGUCCCGCAACCAUGAAGCCCACCGCCACCGUCUCGACAGAGAUCCCGCACGAAAACGUCCAUAUCCUGCCCCAGACGCCCCAAUUGAUCGCGCUCCUGACCAUGAUCCGCGACAAAGACACCGGGCGCGCCGACUUCAUCUUCUACUCCAACCGCAUCAUCCGGCUCCUCGUCGAGGAAGGCCUCAACCACCUCCCCGUCAUCGAGCACACCAUCACCACGCCCGUCGGCCGGACCUACUCGGGCGUCAAGUUCGAGGGCAAGAUCUGCGGCGUCUCCAUCAUGCGGGCGGGCGAGUCCAUGGAGCAAGGGCUGCGCGACUGCUGCCGGUCGGUGCGCAUCGGCAAGAUCCUGAUCCAGCGCGACGAGGAGACGGCCAAGCCGAAGCUGUUCUACGACAAGCUGCCGGAGGAUAUUGCGGAUCGAUGGGUGCUCUUGCUUGAUCCGAUGCUGGCUACAGGUGGAUCCGCGUUGAUGGCGGUGGAUGUGCUCAAGUCGAGAGGCGUGCCCGAGGAACGCAUACUGUUCCUGAACCUGAUAGCCAGUCCCGAGGGCGCCAGGAACUUUGCCCAGCAGUUUCCGAAGCUGCGCGUCGUGACUGCCUUUGUAGAUGAGGGGUUGAACGAGAAGAACUACAUCGUGCCAGGCCUGGGUGACUUUGGCGAUAGGUUCUACACAAUGUGACGGGAGAUGGCGUAUCGUAUCGUGCCAAAUGAUACCAUACAAUACAAUACCAUACCAUACCAUACCCGCCC